GUACCGGGACCACACUGGAACGGAAGUUGGCAACAAGAUCGAGAACUGGAGGAAGCGAUACAGAAACGUUCGCAAGCAAUGCACCCAGGACAAGGUGCACAUGACCCAGACCGGCCGCGAGACCACCAUCGCGGAUGUCGACACCGACCUUGGACAUGAGAAGUGGCAGCUGUUCCAAACAUACCACGAGGCGUUCGGGGAUGAUCCAUCCCUGAACCCGGAGCGGGCUGAUGAGCUGGGGGACCCUGCAAAGGUUGAAGAGCUCGAUGGCGAAGGGCCAGUUGCGAGCGAAGGUGACGGGGGCGAGGAAGGUGGCCCUGAGCCCGAACUCGAUGAUGGUGACGAAGACGAAGAGGGAUCAGAAGAGACCUUCCCUUGGGAUGCUGAGGCGCAACUCAACCUGGCCUCCAACAAGGACAACGCCAAGGAGACGAGCGAGCUCUCGCUGGGGGGAAGUGAGGAGCAGCUGCCUGAGAGGGGCAAGAGCCAAGCAGAGGCUGACUCUGCAGCGGCAACCGCAGCAACGGCAUCAGUAGGAGUCCCCUCCAAAAAUGCACGGAAGAAGGCGAAGCCGGGAUUGAAGCAGAAGAAGAGCCCAGCGUCGCUGCCGUCAGCGGCGGCCGCGACAAACGGAAAGAAGUUGGCAGGUGGCCGCCUAUCGGAGGAAGACGGGAAGCCUGGCCCUCGGCUUACAACGAAGGAGCAACGCGCCACCGCAUCGGUCGUCGACCAGCUCGAGUUUGCGAGGAAGGACGAAGCUGCUCGCAGGGACAGAGAAGCGGAACGCGAGCACAAGGACCGCAAAGAGCGUCGGGCUCACGAGGAGCGCAUGCUGCAGAUGCAAAUGAAUCAGCAGCACCAGCUGGCAAUGUUCAGCGCCCAGAUGCAACAGCAAACCAUGCUGCUGCUCGCGGGCAACUUCAAUCCGAGCUCGUCGCCUGCUAGCACCACCGUCCCCACGUUUCCGAAUCAGUUCCCGAAUCAGGCAGGAUACGGGGUGCCUCCGGCUGCUCAAGGGCCGUCGUACGUGGCCCAGAUGAAUGGCUCACCGCAGGCACCUCCGUUUUUCCAGCCUGUCUUCGCCGCAGCAGCGCCUAAUCCGUUCGCACCAAACUUCGCGGCCUCAAUUGCUGGUACUCAAACGGGCAUCAACCCUGCCUCCCCUGCGAACACACAAUCUCCUGAACUGGCUCGUGGAUUCCGCCCCUUCCAGUCAGGAGCUGCCCCGAACGUUAUGGGCAGCCCAUAG